UUUUCCCCGCCUAGCUCAUAUGGCCACCUUAGAAAUCUUCACCUUGUUAUUCUUCUUGUUCUUCUUCCUUCCUCACACACCAGCAAGAGCUACAACAUGUCCUCGAUCAAAAUGCACAGCCGGCAGCCCAUCGGUUCGCUUCCCUUUUCGGAUAAGCAACCUUCAACCCUUACAUUGUGGAUAUCCAGGGUUUGAUCUCUCGUGCAACAACGAAUCUCAAACCAUUCUCACUCUCCCAUCUUCCGGAGACUUCAUCGUCCAGACCAUCAGUUACAAGGACCAAAUCGUAUUGAUCAACGACCCCGAUAACUGCCUCCCUAAGCGGUUCCUCGACCAUGACAUAACUCUUAAAGAUUCACCCUUCAACUACGCUCAUGGCCUCGAAACCUACAUGUUCCUCAACUGCUCGGCUGCAGCUGCAGCUGCAGCAACAUGGACUUUUGCACCAAUUUCUUGCUUGAGCAAUGAGAACUACAAGGUCAUUGCAGCUCCAACGAGCUUGUUAUCACCGCCGGGUAACGUUUCAGGGCAGUGCGUUGUGAUUUCAACAGCUUUGAUUCCCAGCUUAUUUGAUCCGUUGCAAGGUGUUCAACUGGGAUGGCUCGAGCCUGAAUGUAUUUCUUGUGAAGCAGCUGGUCAUUAUUGUGGAUUCGACAGUGCAAGUUCGCAAAUUAAGUGCCUUGAUCCUUCAGAUUUCUUCUCUUCAGGUCUCUCAAGAGUUGCAAAGUUUGGCAUAAUGAUAAUCAUGGGAAUUCCUGGGCUUUUGUCCAUCAUUGGGAUUGCGGUUUGUGUUUGUGACUCGAUAGGUGCCGGUAGUCGGUCCCACCAGCCAAUUGCAGAACUAUCCACAGUAAGCAAUCGAGAACCUCACAUGCUCAGAAUGGGGCUUGAUGGUCAGACCAUCGAGUCAUAUCCUAAGACUCAACUUGGUGAGAGUUUGGAAUUGCCCGAGCCCAAGGACAACACUUGCCCGAUAUGUUUGGGAGAGUACAAAGCCAAGGCAAUACUGAGGACUAUACCAGGUUGCAGCCAUUAUUUUCAUGCCAGUUGUAUAGAUGAGUGGCUUAGAUUGAAUGCAACUUGCCCCAUUUGUCGAAAUCAAUCGAACAAACAGUAA